AUGCUCAAUCCGAAAGAAGCCAAACGAUUGCUGGAACAUUGUCUCCCAGCUUUGCAACAAUGUCGGUCAUCGUCGUCGUCAGCCUCAUCGUCGGCCUCAUCGUCAGCACCUUCGUCCAAGAACAAUAAUACUAACAGCAACAGCAACAGCAAGAAUAAGAAUAAGAAUAACACACAGCCACAAUACGACAAUAAGAUUCAAGUGGAAAACAUGUGUCGUUUGUGGGGAGGAAUGGGAUAUGUGUAUCAAAUUCAAGUUGCUGUUGACCAUGAUCGUAGUAGUGACGAUCUAGUAGAAUUCAUUAUGAUUGUCAAACAAGUCUCCAACAAUAAUAACAAGCGAUUGAGUUUGGGUGAUCAACGCAAGGCCGACAGUUACGAGUGCGAGGCCAACUUUUACGAACACAUGGCACCAAUCUUACUUCAAAAAGGAUUGGAAAUUCCAACUCCAUUGCAUGUCGAGCGACAAAAUAAGGGAGUGACAAUUUGCAUGACCAAGUUACACGGAGAUUCGUCGUAUUUGGGACAAGACGAAACCAAGGCAGCUUUACAAUGGUUGGCCACCCUGCAUGCUGCCACUUGGGGAUCUACGGCAGACAAAGCCGUGGACGAGUUUGGUCUGCAACCACAAGGAUCCUAUUGGUAUUUGGAAACGAGACCUGACGAACAUGCUUCCAUUCGAUCCAAAGGAUGGGAGGGUCGAUUGAAGCGUGCUGCCACGGCCAUUGAUGAGCGAUUGAAGCGUGAUCCAAUGCAGUGUUGUGUCCAUGGAGAUGCCAAGGGUGCCAACAUGUUGUUUCGUCAACAUGAGGGCGAACUCGUUGUGGGCAUGUACGACUUUCAGUAUUGUGGCAAGGCACCGCCUACCAAAGAUCUGGCGUAUUUUCUGUGUGUGGCGGCGGAUGACAAUGACAGUUCGUACUUGGAGUAUUAUCAUGAACAAUUACUGGAACGAUUGGAUCAUGAAUCAUCAUCAUCUUUGUAUCGCCCAACGUUGGAAGAACUGCAGGAUUCUCUCGAUCUUGCCUACUGUGAUUGGGCACGCUUCAUGGCUGGAUGGGGAUACUGGGGAACAGACAUAUCCAAACAUGUAAUCAAAGUCUUGGAUCGAUUAGAUGGUGGAAAGGAUUUGGGAACCGAAGAUGCCUAUCGAGAAGCUGUAUUGCGAGAAUAUGGAUAG